AUGCGCAUUGCCGCGAUGGAGGCGAAGCUUCUCGCGUCGUUGUGUGUGCUGGCGAUAGCUGAAGACUCAGUCGGAGGCUAUGGCGGUUAUUUUAACGGAAGCUAUUCAGGCUCCGCCACCUAUUCCGGCACCGGUGGCUACUCCGGUGGCUAUGCCAAUUCGACCGGAAGCUAUUCAAUCACCGGUGGCUACUCCGGUGGCUAUGGCAAUUCGACCGGUGGCUACUCCGGUGGCUAUGGCAAUUCGACCGGAAGCUAUUCAAGCACCGGCGGCUACUCUGGUGGCUCCGGCAAUUGGAGCGGAAGUUAUUCAGCCACCGGUGGCUACUCCGGUGGCUACGGGAGUUCGACCGGAAGCUAUUCAAGCACCGGCGGCUACUCUGGUGGCUCCGGCAAUUGGAGCGGCGGCUAUUCAAGCACCGGCGGAAGCUAUACUGGCGGCUAUGGUGGAAUGUGGACUUACUGCGAAGAGAUGUAUUGCUAUGGCACUGAGUACCUUGACAAUGGGGAGGUAGACUGGGAUGCCACUUAUGCCGCAAAUGUCACCUGUUCAACCUAUGAUAAGGGGUGCCCCUGCAACGACAAGUGGGAGUUGGAAUGCGAGAGCUAUGGCAUGAAGAUGUGCACUCCAAAGAUGUAUGGCUGCUACGACCCCUUCAAUGUGACCUGCGAGCAGCUGUGCAAAGACGAGUGGUCCGCGUACUGCUGGGACAAGUCCUGGGGCAGCUGCCCUUUGUACUGCGGGGCCGAGGAGACCUACUGCUACAGCUACGUCUACGAUGCGACAGGCGAGGUCAAUUGGACCGCGCCGAUGACGGAGUUCUGUGGCAACGUCACCACGGGCUGUCCAUGCGAUGCAACAUGGGAGCACAAGUGCACGGACGCGGCGUAUGGGUACAGCUGGUGCAAUCCCAAGUCUUCUCCCUGCCCAAUCACUUGUGGCAUGGAUGAGCAGGUCUGCUACUCCACGGCUUAUGACAGCACAGGAAAUCCUGACUGGAUGGCAGCGGGCAACCAGACCUGCGCAAGCUGGAAUAGCUCUUGUCCGUGCGAUCCUGAGUGGGAGGAGAUGUGUGUGACCGAGUGGGGCUCAUACUGCCAGACCAAAAUCUAUGGCAGUUGCCCUAUCAGCUGCCGCAGUGAUCAGAUUUACUGCUAUGAGACCCCCUACGACGAGUACGGGAACAUGAACUGGGAUGGGGUUUGGCAGGAGACAUGUGCCAAUAUCACGGACGGGUGCCCAUGCAACGAGCAGUGGGAGCAGUCCUGCGGCACAGGCUGGUGCAUCCCGAAGUGGGACAGCUGCCCCAUUGAUUGCGGCGAUAACAUCAUGUGCUACCACUACUCGGGCAACCAGAGCUGUGCUACUUCUGCAGGCUGCACUUGUGAGGCUGAUGAGUACAGCUGCCAGGACUCCAUUGGCAAGUAUGAGUGCUACGCGAAGGAGUGGUAUCCGGAUGGCUGCCCCGUGGUUUGCACCGUGGAUCAGCUCUACUGCUCCACGGUAGGAUUUGAUGUGUCCGGCUACAUGAAGUGGUCGACCUUUUGCAAGGACAGGACCAGUGAAGAUGAUUGGGACUGCCCGGUGGAGUGCGACACGACAAGUGCCAAGAAGUGUGGCACUGGCAUGAACGCGUACUGCAUCUCCAGCAGCGACGAGUGUCCUGCCGAAUGUACUUCGCAAGAGCAGUUGUGCUGGGUCGCAGACUAUGAUACACAAGGCUGGUAUGUCAGUGGCUCUGAUCGCUGCGCUCCAGCAGACCAGGAGUGCCCUUGUGGAGCCAACUCCGUCAAGUGCAACAUGGAUGGCUGGUCCUAUUGUGAAUCUACCUACUACGGCUGCCCUUUGAUGUGUGCCGCAGAUGAGAAGACUUGCUAUCCCGUGACCUAUACUCCUGAAGGACUGGCAAUCACCGGUGAACGAGAGCUGCGUGGCCUCAUCAGAGCCUUGUCCCUGCGGAGCUUACGCCAAGCCUUGCAAGUGGACGGACGACUAUGGCUAUGA